AUGAAAAAACGGUUGAAAAUUGCGAAGGAAGAAGUCGCGAAAUUGCGAAGACUCCUGGAAGCGGCACAGAAAAAGGCACCACAGCAACAGGAGGGACCACCACCUCCUGACAUAGAAAUGCCGGAGCAAGCUUCUACUUCUGGUGUUUGUAGUAGUAAUAGUAGUAACAUUAUGGAUAUUAAUAUGAAGAAAACAGAUUUUCAGGUUAGUGACAGUGAAACAACAAUAAUUAGUGAAUCUAUUGAAGUGGAUAAUGUUGAACCAGAAGGUAGUUGUGAGUCAAAUGAGUUGACUAAUAUGAUAGUAAAUGAAACCAUUUUGGAGAUAGACCCAGCUAAAUGGGUUAUUAACGACGAAUUUCGUGACUAUAUUGCAAAAAAUGGUUUUAAUCAAAAUAUGACAAAUGACUUUAUUAACUCGAAACGGAUAUAUUCUGAUAAAACAAGAUAUUUGACCAAAAUUAUGUUUAAUAGACGAUUAAUUAAUGGAGAAACAAUUGUUCGUUCAUGGUUAGUUUAUUCUCCAAGUUUAGGAGUAGUUUUUUGUGGGCCUUGUCGGAUAUUUUAA